GACGAGCAGCGCUUGUCUACAGCCACAAACAUCGCUGCAUCACUGACUGACCCGCCGCCACAGAACACGGAUGUGCGCUCGUCGCGUCGUGCCGCUGUCACAGCAUGUGCUGGCCAUCUUCUGGAACGACGAACGCGUUGUGAGACGCUCUUUCGCCGCAGCAGGGCCACAGAAACACGGCUAAAGCGAGUAGCAGUGGCGUUAGCUCCUGGAGACCCCGUUCCUGCACACCACAGACCGCAAUGAUUGGACGCUGCCUGCCUCGAUCAGCCAACUCCUAGUUCUGCUGCACCUGAUUGGACUGCCUGCCUGAGAGCUGAUCGUCGCUACUGUUGCCAUGACUUAGAGACACUCCUGACACAGAGAUGGAGAAAAAGAAAGUGUGCCCCCGCCUCCUGGACUACCUAGUGGUAGUUGGAGCCAGGCAACCCAGCAGCGACAGCGUGGCACAAACACCUCAGCUGCUGAGGCGCUAUCCACUGGAGGACCACAAUGAGUUCCCUCUGCCCCCUGACGUUGUGUUCUUCUGCCAGCCUGAGGGCUGCCUGAGCAUCCGUCAGCGCCGGGUCAGCCUUCGUGACGACACAUCUUUCGUCUUCGCUCUCACCGACAAAGAUUCAGGUGUCACUCGCUAUGGAAUCUGCCUCAACUUUUACCGCUCUUUCCAGAAGGGCCACCACCGCCCACGAACUGAAGGAAAAGCAGAAAAGCCCACUCAUACAGACUCUGCAGUAGAGGCCACAGAGAAAUUUGACUCCUCCACAUUGACUCUUCCAGGGGAAUCUACGCUGCCCCCUGCAGGAGAUGAGACAUUGCCACCAGGCGAGCCGGGCAGCACCGGAAAAUCUCCACGAUCCAAACACAGUGGUCGACUAGCACCACAGAACCGGAACAGCACAUUAACGUCUCUGUGCAUUCUGAGCCACUACCCCUUCUUCACUACGUUCAGGGAGUGUCUGUACAUCCUCAAGCGCAUGGUGGACUGCUGUAGCCAGCGGCUCAACCAAAGACCUGGUGCUGCUAAGUCCACACAACGGGACACAAUGUGGCGUGUGUUUACAGGCUCUCUCUCCAUCGAGGAAAAGGAAAAGGGCAGUCAGGUGCUUCAGGACCUGAGGGAGAUUGAGUCAUGGGUGUAUAGGCUGCUGCACUCCCCGGUGCCUGUUGCUGGUCAGCGACGUGUUGACGUGGAAGUGCUCCCCCAUGAGCUGCAGCCAGCACUGACCUUUGCCCUUCCAGACCCUUCCCGCUUCAGCAUUGUAGACUUCCCGCUCCAUCUGCCGCUGGAGCUGCUGGGAGUUGAUGCUUGUCUGCAGGUCCUGGCCUGCAUUCUGCUGGAGCACAAGGUGGUACUGCAGUCCCGAGAUUAUAACGCCCUCUCAAUGAGCGUCAUGGCGUUUGUUGCAAUGAUUUACCCCCUCGAGUACAUGUUUCCUGUCAUUCCACUGUUGCCCACCUGCAUGGCCUCCGCAGAACAGCUCCUGCUAGCACCCACUCCAUAUGUCAUUGGUGUGCCUGCCAGUUUCUUCCUGUACAAGUCUGAUUUUAAGGUUCCUGAUGACGUUUGGUUAGUGGAUCUGGACUGCAACAAGGUCAUUGUUCCAAGCAACGCAGAAUUGCUCCCUCCCCUUCCUGAACCUGAGGCCUCUGAGCUGAAGAAACACUUGAAGCAGUGUCUGGUAAGGUUGACUGUGAUCACCCAAAAGCAGAUCUUCGCCUCUGAUUCCAAGGCUCUGGCCAGCAUGAGUCUGAACACGCAGCCUAUUCUAAACCUGGAGAAGUUUCAGGAUGGACAGGAGUUGUCUUUAUUGCCCCCCGGUCGUGACAAAGCCUCCCCGUCCUCCACGGAGUUCAACCCACUCAUCUAUGGCAAUGAUGUGGACUCAGUUGAUGUUGCCACAAGGGUGGCGAUGGUGAGGUUCUUCAACUCUCCAAAUGUCCUGCAAGGGUUCCAGAUGCACACACGCACUCUGCGUCUCUUCCCCCGCCCUGUGGUGGCAUUCCAGGCCACAUCUUUCCUGGCUUCUAGGCCGCGGCGGAAUGGAUUUACCGAAAAUCUCUCCCAUACCCAGGCGGUGGAGUACUAUGGAGAGUGGGCUCUCAACCCCACCAACCUGGCUUUCCAAAGGAUUCAUAACAAUGUGUAUGACCCCUCUCUAAUAGGCGAUAAGCCUAAGUGGUAUGCUCACCAGUUACAGCCAGUAUUCUACCGUGUGUAUGAUGGAAACUCUCAUCUGGCGGAGGCGUUGAGUGGACCCCUGCAGGAUGAGACCAAUGAUUCAGACCCAACAGAUGACAGUGACAGUGACAGUGAAGCAUACGAUGACUCCAGCUCUUCCUACUCAUCUCUGGGAGACUUUGUGAAUGAGAUGAUCAAAGGGGACAUACAAGGGGACACACCAAGUGCAGGUAACCUGUAUAAAAACCAUGGCACCAGUUUCAGUCUGUCCAGUCUGGCUCUGCCUAAUAAAGCACGAGAGAAGAACACGCCGUUCCCCAGCCUCAAAGACGAUGCUGAUGACAGUCCUGAGAGUCCUGUAUUUGGGCUAAAUUCUCUAAUGGAGAUUGUAACAGAGAUCGGCCCGGGGAGCGGAGAAGGUGCUCGAGCUCCCAGAGCGCUGGUAGAUCAGAAAUCCUCUGUUAUUAAGCACAGCCCCACCGUCAAGAGAGAGUCUCCAUCUCCUCAGGGCAGAGCCAACAACACCAGUGAGAACCAGCAGUUUCUUAAGGAGGUGGUCCAGAGCGUGCUCGAUGGGCAGGGUGUGGGUUGGCUCAACAUGAAGAAGGUACGCCGCCUGCUAGAGAAUGAACAGCUGCGAGUCUUUGUGCUCAGCAAACUCAACCGUGUGGUCCAAUCAGAGGAGGACGCUCAGCAGGAAGUUAUAAGAGACGUGGAGAUAAACAGGAAGGUAUACAAAGGCAUGUUGGACCUAUUGAAGUGCACAGUGUCCAGUUUGGAGCACUCAUACACUAAUGCUGGCCUGGGAGGCAUGGCCAGUGUCUUCAGUCUGCUAGAGAUAGCACGCACCCACUACCAAACCAAAGACCCAGAGAAGCGGAAACGGAGCUCCAUGGAGGGUGUUAGCAGCCCAGGCAGUAAGGAGAGCCCAUCGGGCCGAAUGGAGAGCGCCAGGGCGGCAGGCGUGCUCCUGGUACCCCGUAUCCAAUUGCCACCACCCUCUACUGAGAAAUCGUCACGGCAGUUUGAUACCCGGAGUCUGAACGAGGAGAAUUUUAUUGCCUCCAUUGAAUUGUGGAGCAAGCACCAGGAUAACAGAAAGCAAAAAGCUUUGGAUAAAGAACAGAGGGCUGAUGGAGGAAAACAGCGUCUGGAAGGUGGAGACACUGAGGAAAAGAAAUCACAGAUCAGUGCUGACAGUGGCCUCAGUGUGACGUCUGGCUCACAGAAGAGUGAUACGGAGUCCCUGGCGAGCUCCGAGCCUCCUGCUCUGACGCGAAGCACCAGCCAGGACUCAGAGGCUAGCACAGUGGUGAGUAACAGCUCAGGUGAGACGCUGGGUGCAGACAGCGACCUGAGCAGCACUGCUGGAGACGGCCUGACAGGAAGACAUGCUCAACAUCUCAACCUGUCCCGUGGCACACUGUCUGACAGCGAGAUUGAGACCAACCCUGCGACCAGCUCUGUGUUUGGCAAGACUCAUAAGCUGAAGCCAGGAGUGAAGGAACCUGUUGGUGUUAAUAAGGGAACACCAGCUCCGCCCCUCGAGGAUGUUAGCAUGAGGAUAUAUCUGUGUGAGGGGCUGCUGGGGCGAGAUAAAAGCUCAGUUUGGGACCAACUGGAGGAUGCUGCCAUGGAAACCUUUUCUCUGAGUAAGGAGCGCUCUACUCUGUGGGAUCAGAUGCAGUUCUGGGAGGAUGCCUACCUGGAUGCCGUUAUGUUGGAAAGGGAAGGAAUGGGGAUGGAUCAGGGACCUCAAGAAAUGAUUGACAGGUAUCUGUCUCUUGGAGAUCAUGACCGCAAGAGACUGGAGGACGAUGAGGACAGACUACUGGCCACUCUUCUGCAUAACAUGAUCGCCUACAUGCUUAUGUUGAAGGUCGGUAAAAAUGACAUCAGGAAGAAGGUACGGCGUCUUAUGGGGAAAUCUCACAUUGGCCUCUCACACAGUCAGGAGAUCAAUGAGGUCCUGGACCGCCUUGCACAUUUGAGUGGUCGGGAGCUUCUCAUCAGGCCAAGUGGCAGCCGGCAUAUAAAGAAACAGACAUUUGUUGUGCAUGCGGGGACUGAUACAACUGGUGAUAUAUUUUUCAUGGAGGUGUGUGACGACUGCAUCGUCUUGCGCAGUAACAUCGGCACAGUCUAUGAGCGCUGGUGGUAUGAGAAGCUCAUAAAUAUGACCUACUGUCCCAAGACCAAAGUGUUGUGUCUGUGGAGGAGGAACGGUCAAGAGACACAGCUUAACAAGUUCUACACCAAGAAGUGUCGGGAACUGUACUACUGUGUUAAAGACAGCAUGGAGCGUGCUGCCGCACGACAACAAAGCAUUAAACCAGGUCCAGAGCUGGGAGGCGAGUUUCCAGUACAGGACAUGAAGACAGGGGAGGGUGGUCUCCUUCAGGUCACGCUGGAAGGCAUCAAUCUCAAAUUUAUGCAUAGCCAGGAGCGGAAGGUUUUCAUAGAGCUGAGUCACAUUAAAAAGUGCAAUACAGUGAAAGGAGUCUUUGUCCUGGAGGAGUUUGUUCCUGAAACUAAAGAAGUGGUGAUCCAUAAAUACAAGACUCCUAUGGCACAUCAGAUCUGUUACUCUGUGCUCUGCCUCUUCUCCUACAUGGCGGCGGUCAAGGGGAAAGAGUCAGAGGGCAAGCCCAAGAUGCUGUCCCCUCGUCCACUACCGAGCUAGCACACUUCUCUCCUACGUUUACUUCAACCCUCCAGCUCCUGAACUCCCUGCAAUACUACUCCUGUUCAAUAGAAGCUGACACUCCUGCCAAGCUCCUUUUAAAGACCUCUGCUCCUGUAUCGAUUCAAAUAUAGAUGUAUUCACAUAUUCAUCACAUCUGUCCUAAAAGAAACAACCUGUUCAUAUAAUGUAUCUGAUCACGUACCUGAUAUAAUAUUCCAGUCCUUGGACACUAAAAUGCUGGCCUUUCAUUUUCAUAAUAGGGACCAACCAGAGCAAGAACAGACUUUUGACUACUGUCGGUUGACGUCCUCACAUUCAUACACCUUUUAUUUAUUUCAAUCGGAGGCAUUUGGUUGCAUGCAGGUCCCAUGUGCAGCUCUUCCGAGUUGGCACUGGCAUGCAGACAUCAGGCAAACGUCUUUCCCCUCUUCAACCCCCUCUGAUAUCAGUCAACAGUCUGUGUAUUUAAUAUUUGUGCUAAGUUGUACUGUAAAUUACAGUCUGUUAUGUCUGUGGUGGGUGAAAUGUUCAAGUCUUUGCAAUCUAGCGCUGCCACCUAUGAGGGGUUUGCCUUAACCGUCCGCGACGGAGCAGCUAUCCCAUUCGUAAAUGUUCCAUACGCCCUCCUCCACCUGCUGUGAGUGGUCUAAGGUCUGUGUAUCUCUUUAGCUUAAAAGGCUCAAACUACUGUACUAGUUCUGCUGUAAAGUUCCCUGUCUGUGAACUGCUGUGUUAAAUUUGCAUGUCACUUG